GUCUUUUUUCCCAAAACAAGUCUCACCAACGAAUCUCACUACUCCAGACUAUUUCUCUUGUUUAACCAAUUGAGGCUCCCAAAUUAUUAGCCUUGUUCCACUGAACCCUGAAACCUUCUAUCAACACAGAAGUCGUCGCAAGGAAGAAAUACAAUAAUGUCCGCCGCUACCAUUCCUGCUCCUGCCGCUGAGCAAGACUACAAGGAGACUUUGCUUCCCUUGUUGAUGAAGAAUAAUGUCCUGUCUUUUGGCUCCUUUAUCCUUAAGUCCGGCCGUGAAUCUCCGUACUUCUUCACAUCUUCUCUCCUCCACACUGCGCCUUUGCUCCGUGCCACCUCGGCUGCCUAUGCCAGUGUCCUGUCUGCCCCGCCAUUCGUAACUGUUGCGGCCGACGGUACUACCACACCCAACUUCGACAUUAUCUUUGGUCCAGCUUAUAAGGGUAUUCCGGUGUGCGCUUCCGUUCUGAAUGAAUUAGCAGUCCGAGACUCUCUCUCCGCGUCUGCUAAGGGAACCUGGGACAAUGUCAGCUAUUCCUUCAACCGUAAGGAGGCCAAGGACCACGGCGAAGGAGGAAACAUUGUCGGUGCUCCUCUGAAAGGAAAGCGUGUGGUCAUUGUGGACGAUGUUAUUACCGCCGGAACCGCCAUCCGUGAGGCCGUGAGCAUCAUUCAGAAGGAAGGCGGUAUUGUUACCGGCAUUGUUGUCCUACUCGAUCGCGAGGAAAGAGUCAGCGACGCUGAGCCCAAGAGCGCUAUCGGCGUUGCACAGAGAGACCUUGGUGGAAACAUCCCCAUUCGUGCAGUGAUUGGUCUUCACGACUUGAUCGAGAAGCUGGGCGAUAAGAUCGGGGAGUCCGAGAUCCAGCGGUUGAAGGACUACAGGGCUCGCUAUGGAGCCGAAUAGAUCCGGUGCUUUAGCAUUAUAGGCAAAAAAUAGACGACGAAAUGAUUAUAUUUUACUGUAAAUAUGCUUCCUUGGCGCUCAUUCCUUCCCCGUUGUCGGGUGUAUUGAAAAUCGGGUGAAGAGACAUUUAUUGCGUUCUUUUUUUGGAUUAUCUCUAUUAUUUAUAGAUCCAAUAGUGUCAAUUUUAAUUUGACAUGGCUUAUGUGGCAUGUCUAUGCAUGUAUGA